AUGAAGACUAUUCCUAUAUGCCUGGCAGCCUUGCUAGCAGCUCCGACCAUGGCACAGGUCCAACCAGUCGGAGUUACCCAACCCAUUGUGGAGGCAUGUGGUGGCUUCAGCAGCUCAGUUGUCUGCGUCAACAAAUAUGCGGCAGUACUCCCAUACCAUUUCAAUCGCUCCAUCACCUCGCUCCAAGCAGACUAUGACUUCCGAAACACUACCGUAUCGAGCGCCCCAACGUUCAGCCUGCUCAAGCAAGCCAACUUCGUGGUAUUCGACCGCCAAAGGGGCCUUGAUUAUCUCGGUGGCUCACCUCGCUGGGACUUCAUGUUCCCAAUAGGCGACUCGGUACAUGAAGCACCAGUCUACGUGCCUAAGCUCAAUCUGCUGUACAUGUCCCAAUUGCCACCGGUGAAUGCCUCUCCAGACGGCUAUCUCUCACAACUCGUGGUCAACCUCAACAUAUCCCCGCCGACAUUGAGCGAGUACCUACCGGAUCCGCCGAUCUUCGCACCAAAUGGCGGCGUCUACCACAACGGACUAAUAUACUGGGCUUCGAGCGGUGGGUUUGACAACAUCAAUGGUACUGAGCAGCGCAUCUCUAUUCAUACCGUGGACCCCAUGACCAAUAAAUCUCGAGUCAUCCUGAACAACUACUUCGGCUAUUACUUCAACAACAUGGAUGACGUUACCGUCUACCCGCCAUCUGGAGACCUAUUCUUCACCGACCCCGAUUACCCCUGGUUCAACGGCCGUGUGGACACCGCUCCUCAGUUACCCACCGCGACAUACCGCUUCAACCCGACCACAGGCGCUGUGUUCCUGGUUGACGAUACGAUCGAGCAGCCCAACGGCAUCGCUUUUUCACCGGACGGGAAGACACUAUAUAUCACGGAAACAGGUGCAUUGACCGGUAGUAUCGACCCGGCGGUCGGGCCGGGAACGAAACACUACAACACAACAGGCAGACGAUCGAUCUAUGCAUUUGACGUGGCGAACAACGGCACGAGGAUCAGCAACAAGCGCGCUUUCUACCUUGCGCAGGACUACAUCCCGGACGGUCUCAAAGUCAGUCGCGAGGGGCUUGUCUUGACAGCUUCCGGCCAUGGACUAGACGUCAUUGACGAUAUGGGUCAACUCUUGAUCCGAGUGCAAGUUAACCACACUGUGUCUAAUUUUGCAUUCACUGGGCCGGACCUGAAAUCACUCUGGCUCAUGGGCAAUAAGGGCAUUAGUAGGGUUCAGUGGAACAUCACCGGCCAGGUGUCGAAAUAG